AUGGAAGAAGAAAUUUCCCUUCUCAAAAAGCAAAAAGCACUUAUCAAGCAAGCUCUCCAAACAACAGUAAACGAAAACACUGAACUGCAAAAAAUUAAAGAAGAACUUGAAGCCAGGUGCAAGCUUCAAGCUAAUGAAAUCGAUUCUCUUAACCUUCUUAACCAACAACUUUCUAAAAGAUGUGAAAAUUUGCAAGAAGAAUCCAAGUCAAAAUCUCAAGGUUCUUGGUCAACCUGAGGACUAUGAAAAUCUAAAGGGGCCAAUAAGCUUGAAGAGUUAACAAACCAAUUAACCAUUUUGCAAGAAGAGCUAGAUGCUAAAAUCAAAGAAAAUGAGCAAGUCCAUAUGACAAAUUUUUAUCUUAAAGAGAAAAGUAAAAAGAAAAAAGCUGAUUGAAGAGAAAUUGUAGGGAAAAAGGACGAAUUUAUGAGAAAUAUGAAUGAGCAGAUUGAAGAUAUGCAAAGCCAAAUAAAUUCUCAAAAGACCCAAAUACAGCAGCUAAAUAAAGAAAGAAAUGAGCUUUCAGCAUUAAUUCAAGUGAAAAAUAAAGAGCUGCAGGAAUCUCAAGCAAAUUUCCACAAAAUUAAUUCGUCAUUUCAAGAAAAAACGAACACUUUAGAAAACAAGUUGAGAACGAAGGUGUCCCUUGAUGAUACAGGCUUUGAAUUUUUAUCAUGCUAUAAUGCACCUAAAUUUAAUUUUUCUUAUACCCAAAAGCAAUGUGAAUGAAUAGCAAAAGCAAAGUCUUCUUUGUCACAAAUUUGUCCUCAUAUUUCUGAUAUUUGUGUAAAAUAUAGCACAAGACUGCAAUUUUUAUAUGAAAAUUCAAAUCCAUCAUACAGAAGAAUUUUAGCUGAAUUUCAAAAGCGAUAUGAAACAUUUUUGGAAAAUUUCAGUAUUGGGAUCAAAGAAUUGACAAUGGAAAAACUUGAUGCAAAUAAAGUCAUAAAGUCAGUUGACGAUAUAUCAAGAAAUUAUAAAGCUUUAUUAUCAAUUUUAAUAUUGCAAUUGCAGCAAGAAGGAAAAUGAGUCGAGGACUCAGCUGAGUUGAAUAGCCUCAAUCAAGAACUAAUUGACUGUCUGAAAAAAAUAGAUAGUUAUAUUGGAAGAGGUCUAGCCUUUGUUAUCGCGUCAUCAUAUGGAAAGCACAGUUGCUGGGAUCUAUUGCAAGAUCUCACUAAAAAUUUGGUACAAUCUAUAACAAAAUGCUCAAAUUUUUGAGGAAAACGCUUGGCACUUGACACAAAACUUAGGUAUAAAAUUACUGUGAAAUCAACUAGAUCAAUCAAUGAUGAAAUUUUAGGAUCUUUACAAGCACUUUGUUCAGUUGUAAACCAUAUUUGCUCAGCUUUAUUGCAGCUGAAAUCAAACCUUUACUUCAAUACUUCUCAGCUUUAUUUUAAUUCAGUUUCUUAUUUAACAAAUUUAAGAGAGAUCUCAUAUACUCCAGGAAUCGAAUAUUCAAAAGCAAUACAAAACGUUCAGGAUUUAAAGCUUUCUGAAAGAAAAAUUGACGAGCAGAGAUUGCAAAUUCAGAGACUUGAAAAGGAGCUAGAAAAAUCUCAAACUUGCACAGAAAAAGCUAAUAAUGAAGUAAGGCAACUUCAAAAUAUUUUAGUUGCAAUUGAACAAAAUGCAGAGAAGUCAGAAGAAGAGGUUGGGAAAAACAUUUUUCAGGAGUCUGAGCCUAUUUCAGAAGAUGUGAAAAAUGGAGCUCAGAAGGUCGCGCUUAGACUUACAGAUAGCAAUGGAGAGCCUGUGCCUAUAUCAACUUUAAAUGUUGAAUCAGAUUUAUAUGAAAAAAUCAAAGAAGUAGCUAUACUGCAAAUAAAUAAGCUGGCAGAAAAGGUAAAUAAUAACGAGAUAUACAUGUUUUAA